AUGCUGCAGCAGCUGCUGAUCACAAUGCCUACAGAGAUUGGCACCUGGGUGAAGUUGCAGCACCCACAGAAGGCCAGGGCAGGAACACUCCUGUGGGAAGAUGUGACUAAGAUGUUUGAAGGUGAAGUGUUACUGUCUCAGGAUGCUGAGUGCCCGGGAGGGAGUUUAAAGGAAGAGUUGGCCUCUAGACCCCUGACAGCAGAAACCUAGGACUUGAUGACCUUUAGAGACGUAUUUGUGGACUUCACCCGGGAGGAGUGGGGGCUGUUGGCCCCUGCUCAUCGGAAUCUGUAUCAGGAAGUGAUGCUGGAGAACUAUGGGAACUUGGUUUCAGUGGCAUAUCAACUCUCCAAACCUACUGUGAUUUCCCAGCUGGAGAAUGGGGAAGAGCCUUGGGCGGUAGAGAAAGAAGGCCCUGGAGACCCCAGUUCAGACUUAAAGAGUAAAACAGCAACCAGUGCAUGACAAAAUGGCGUUUUACAGAAACAGUUAUACCGUGGCAUAAUAAUGGAAAAAUUCAUGAGGAAUGAUAUUACUUAUUCAACUUUGAGAAAGGUCUCCAAAUAUGAGUCAGAAAGGCACAAGGAAAUGCAUAGAAAAGACAUGAAACAACCCAUCUUGACCCACAACAAGAGCAGCCACAGAACCAACACAUUUGGGGGGAAUAUUGUAAAUUUAAAUGUUAUAGAGAGGAAGCACCACAUAUGUCAUACAUCUAGAAAGAGGAAAAAAUACAAAUUAGAUUUGAUCACUCAUCCAUCAAAUUACAUACAAACAAAAACCUAUGAGUGUACUAUAUGUGAAAAGAUCUUCAAACAACGCAUUCACCUUAUGGAACACAUGAGAAUCCAUACCGGGAAGAAACCUUUCAGGUGUAAGGAGUGUGGAAGGGCUUUUAGUCAAAGCGCAUCCCUCACUACACACCAAAGAAUCCACAUGGGUGAGAAACCCUUUGAAUGUGAAGAAUGUGGCAAAGCCUUCAGACAUCGCUCUUCUCUUAAUCAGCAUCAUAGAACUCACACUGGGGAGAAGCCAUAUGUCUGUGACAAAUGUCAGAAAGCUUUUAGCCAGAACAUAAGCUUGAUCCAACACUUGAGAAUUCAUUCUGGAGAUAAACCCUUUACAUGCAGUGAAUGUGGGAAAACCUUCAGACAGAUUAGACACCUGAGUGAACAUAUACGAAUCCAUACUGGGGAAAAACCCUAUGCUUGCACAGCAUGCUGUAAAACUUUUAGCCACAGAGCAUAUCUGACACAUCACCAGAAAAUCCAUACUGGGGAGAGACCCUACAAAUGUAAAGAAUGUGGGAAAGCUUUUAGGCAGAGGAUUCACCUUAGCAACCAUAAAACCGUUCAUACAGGAGUGAAAGCGUAUGAAUGUAACCUCUGUGGGAAAGCCUAUAGGCAUAAUUCUUCAUUUAAGAAGCAUCAGAGACAUCACACUGGAGAAAAACCUUAUGAAUGUAAGGAAUGUGGAAAAUCCUUCAGCUGUAAUUCAUCACUUAGUCGCCAUCAUGAAAUUCACAGGAGGAAUGGCUUCCAAAGUAAUGGAAAGACAUAUUGUUCAACAUGA